UCUACAUCCACAUUCUUGCAAACUAAAGCGAUUUCCUGUGCCACGCUGCUCCAAGAGUAAACAAUGUUGUGUGGGUUUUUUUGCGCUCGGAAGGACAUCGAAAUAAAAAGAUUUACUGCACUUAUGGGUAGCGAGAGGCUAAGCGCCCGGGACCAAAAGUGUAGGAGCAAUAUGUGGAAAAUGACAAAAAUCAUAUAUGUGUGUCUGGCUGUGUGGGUCAGCAGGAUGUUCAACAUGAACGAAUGAAUGAAAUAAACAAAAAAAUAUGCAAUAUUGCCAACAUGCAUCAUCAAAGUCAGUAACCCAUUCACACACACACACAUACAGCGGCAAUCUGAGCCCAAAAAUCUGCCUGGCAGCAGGACACCGAAAGCACUGCUUCUGUGAUGGCAGCUUUUUAAUGGGCCACAUAAAAUCUGCCUCAAUAAAACAAAAAUGAAUUGCCUGGAAAAUAUAAGCUGUCCACGAUACAACAGGCCAAGCGGUGUUGAAAAAAUACUACAACAACAACAAUAAAAACAACAACGGCAAACAUGAAAAUGUUAGAUGAAUGUGUAUUGAAAUUUGUAAUUUCCGUUUUGUGUCUCUGCAACGAAUGAACUUCCUUUUGGAUAAAAAUUAGUUUAAAAAAAUAGUGGGAGAGAAAAAAAAAAUAACACCAAAUUGAAAUAUGGAAAUAUAUUCGGCAAAUGAAUUCCAAUAUCUGUAUGGAAAUCAAUUAACGGGAAAAAUGACCUGAGUUUUCAAGUGAAAAGUUUGCAAUUAAAUUAAAAAAAAAAAAAAAAACACAAUUUUAUUUAAAAAAAUUCUCUCCCCAGCAAAAAAUAAAAACGUACAAAACAGAAAGUGUUGAACGAGAGCUCGUUUUCAAUUAUUCAAAAGCAAAACUUUUGUGUUCUUUUUUUAAGUUUUGUUGUACCUACUUUUUUUCUCGUUGCCUUUACCAUAAAAUUCUGUCCAAUUGUGCUCAAGUGUUAAGCAAUUAUAUUGCAAUUAAAAUUCUUGCCAGUUUUAUCAUCGUUUCCGCUCAUUCACGGUUCUUCCAAGCAAUGUCAAGCUCAUCCACACCUGCCAUCCGGAGGUAGUUUUAAAAUGAAAAUAGAAAAAAAUCGUAGAUUCCCAGGUCAAAAGUCAAAGUGCAGCCAAGAAAGUUAAACUUGUUUAAACGCUUCUAAAUAGUUAAAUGCACCGAACAAUCUAACAACAAAUUUAAAAGUGCAAUACUCAACAAAGUUGUUCCAAGAACUGCUAAUCAAUAUGGCCACAGCAUUUUCCAAUAAUCCCUACGGCUCCCCCUCAUCGGCCAUGUGGUAUACAUUUACAACGGCAGCAUCACCCCCGGUAUGGGCUGCAUUGGCCACGAUGGCCACGUCAACACUUAAAGUGGCUGCAUCGGCUUUAAAUAGUUCAAUGACAACAGCUGGUGGUGGUGGUGGCAUGACACUGGCCCAUGAACAGCAACAUUAUUCACAACCACACUCACAUCUGCAUUCUCCAGGAUCUGCAGCUACAACAACAACCAACCAGCAACAACAACAACAUCAUCCAUAUCAGCCACACACCUUUGCCGGAAACAAUUCGAAUCUUCCGUUUAGUAGAGGUCCUUUAACUGGUAGUGGUUCCAUCAUUGGCGUCGGCGGCAACAACACUACGACGACGUCGACCAGUCUCAGCUAUCACAAUGCCAGCAAUUUGACAUCGUUUCUCCUACCAACGCAUCUAAACAACAAUGGCAGCUAUAUGGGCGAUGGCGGCCUGGUGGAUUCCAAUACCUUUCUCACAUCCACGGGCAGUGUUGUCGGAAGCGGCAACAAUAGUUUCGUCGAUGGCUUUAUGGUCGAUCAUCUGCCAUUACAAUUAAUUACGAGCACAACACCGAAAGUAAAUCUCGAUAUAGAAAUCGAUAUACAACUAUUAACCAGCGACUAUGAUGGUGGUACUACGAUAACAACAUACUUUAAUGAAACCUCCUGGAUAAAUCCCUCAGAAACAGAUACAAUAGUGGGUGAGGAUCCUGAAGUGGAGUCACUUGUAUCAUUAAUUGUUGUUGGAAUUUUCCUAUCUGUUCUGAUAUUCCUGUCAAUUGCCGGAAAUAUACUCGUCUGCCUCGCCAUCUACACGGAACGCAGUCUGCGUCGCAUUGGGAAUUUGUUUCUGGCAUCAUUAGCAAUUGCGGACUUGUUUGUGGCAUCGCUGGUGAUGACAUUUGCGGGAGUUAAUGAUUUGUUGGGUUAUUGGAUUUUCGGUGCACAAUUUUGUGAUACAUGGGUUGCCUUUGAUGUGAUGUGCUCGACGGCGUCCAUACUGAAUUUAUGUGCAAUAUCCUUAGACCGUUACAUACAUAUAAAGGAUCCACUGAGAUACGGCCGUUGGGUAACAAGGCGUGUGGCUGUCAUCACAAUAGCUGCCAUUUGGCUGUUGGCCGCAUUCGUUUCAUUUGUGCCCAUCUCGUUGGGAUUACAUCGGCCCGAUCAACCGUUAAUUGUGGAGGAUAAUGGCAAGAAGUAUCCAACCUGUGCCCUGGACCUGACGCCUACAUAUGCCGUUGUGUCGAGCUGUAUCAGUUUUUAUUUUCCAUGUGUGGUGAUGAUUGGCAUCUACUGUCGCCUCUACUGUUAUGCCCAGAAGCACGUGAAAUCCAUCAAAGCUGUUACCCGGCCUGGCGAAGUGGCCGAAAAGCAACGUUACAAAAGUAUACGACGAACUAAACCACCAGAGAAGAAAAAAUUCAAAGUCCGCAAUCUGAAUCACAGCUCACCCUAUCAUGUGUCGGACCACAAGGCCGCCGUUACGGUGGGUGUUAUAAUGGGUGUGUUCCUUAUCUGCUGGGUGCCGUUCUUUUGUGUGAAUAUUGUGGCGGCCUUCUGCAAAACGUGCAUAGGUGGUCAAACCUUUAAGAUACUCUCAUGGUUGGGUUACUCCAAUUCCGCAUUUAAUCCCAUUAUCUAUUCAAUCUUCAAUAAAGAGUUUCGUGAUGCAUUCAAACGAAUUCUGACCACACGAAAUCCCUGGUGUUGCAAUCAGGACAUUGGCAACAUACAUCCCCGCAACAGUGAUCGUUUUGUAACGGAUUAUGCGGCCAAACAUGUUGUGGCCAUGAAUUCGGGACGAUCUUCGGCGGAAUUGGAACAGGUGUCUGCAAUAUGACCAAAACGCAAUAGUAGCAAUGCUAGUCAUGAGUAUUCGACAACAUUGGCGUGUUGCGUGUCGAGAGCAUCGGAUGCGGCCUCGUUGACGAUAACACCAUAUGGACCCUGAGAUUCGGUGACAGUGGCGUCUGCAACAAUUGUCGUAGAGUCACUGGAUAGAGGCAACAAGUAUGGUGAUAAUAAACAAAUGGAAACAGUAUUGGUUUAGAAAAAAAAAAAAGAAAACUAUUAAAAAGUAGUCAUAAGACAACAACAAAGAACGACAACUACAACAACCACAAAAUGAAUCUUACGGAAAAGACAGGAUAUCAUGGAAACAGAGCAAUAGCAACAUAUUCAUCAUCCAUAUCACAAACACUCUCUCUCACUUCAUAUCAUCUUCGUCCUCAUAAGAUAUCUUCGAACUAAAGGAGAAUAGUUUUCAAGGUCUUCACACAACCACAAGAACAUCAACAACAACCACGUUAAGUAACUGGAUUACAGGGUGAGCGUUAAACAAAUCAUUUCCUUACAUGAUAUAAUACAUACGUAUAUGUAUAAGUAGUUAAUUAAUUUAAACAAUACACAUAUAUAU